AUGGGAAGAAAUGCAAAGCAUAUAAAAACAUCAGCUGCCAUUUCGCAACCGGAUCAGUUUUCGACUCAAUCGAAGCUCAUCAUGGUGCGAAAUGUACUGCUCACGGUGUUACUCUACACCAGCUGGCAUCUGACGAGCGGGAACCCACUUCACCAAGCCCGCUGGGAACUGAUUCCGGAUGGAAAUGGAUUUCUGCGUAUGGUAAAUAUAGCGGCCUAUUCGCUGCCGGAAGACGAUUCAGUGCAGCCGUUGUUCAACCCACAUGAGGACAUCAUCUAUCGGCUGUUCACACGAAGCAACCCAACUGAACCGCAGAUUCUGACCGAUGCGGAGUCUAUUCAUGGCAGCUACUUCAAUCCAGAUCACCCGACAAGAUUCACGAUUCACGGUUGGAGUAACGAUGGUAGCCACUUUAUGAAUCAGGAAAUUCGGGAUGAAUUUUUGCGGGUCGGAGAUUUCAACAUAAUUACAGUAGACUGGGGCGUCGGAGCGAUGACCAACUACAUUUCCGCAAGAGCCAAUGUUGGCCCCGCCGGAGCAGGAGUUUCCGGGUUCCUUGAUCGGCUAUUGGAUGCCACUGGAAUAUCGCCAGACAGCAUUUACCUUAUCGGAUUUAGCUUGGGAGCACACGUAGCCGGCAACGCUGGCAAAGGGCAGCGAGGGCUAGUAAACACUAUCAUUGCACUCGAUCCAGCCGGACCGCUAUUUUCGGUUGGUCAGGAAACUGCUGUUUCUCCUACUGACGGGCAGUAUGUGGAAACCAUCAUGACUAACGCAGGACUGCUGGGAAUUAAUACUGUCUUGGGACAAGCGAAUUUUUUCCCAAACUGGGGACGAACACAACCCGGAUGUGGCACUGAUACCGGCGGAAGUUGUGCUCACAGUCGAGCUCCUCAAUUCUAUGCGGAGUCGAUUAGCUCUUCUACGGCGUUCAGAGCCGUUAGAUGUGCAAACCAUGAGGAAAUGCUGGAAGGAAUUUGUACGCCAAGUGGUGAUGAUGCCAACAUGGGUGGACAACCUUCGAACCAGGGACGAGGAGUGAGUGGAGUUUUUCACUUGUCGACGAGAGCGGAGGCGCCGUUUGCUCUGGGGUAAGAAUAGGACUGAUUGAUAGUAGAUAAAAAUUAAUUUAUGUAUCGAAUAAACUACUUAGAAUUAGUUAAUCUGCGAUGUUUUGUUCAGUAUAGAAUACAUAGGUUACAAGCAAACAAUGCAUACGUUUCGUUCAGGGUGAAUGACCUAAAAGACAUUGAAUAUUUGGGAAAUAAUUCUAGGGGUGUGCACCACGAUAACGUUCAAUCCGCAUUCGAAACUCUCUUUAAUCCAAUGCAAUAUCUAGUAUUUUUUAUAUCUUCGGUAUAAAUUUUCAACUUCAAAUCCACUUUCGUGCCGAAUCAAGCCCAAUAUUGCUAUAGAAAAGAGACUGCCCCAAAAACAUUCAUGCUUUACAAAAAUCGACGUACGUCAAGCAUUCGUAAAGAACAGAAAUGAUAAAAUAGUCACCUUCGCACCAGUCGAUUGCUUAUCAACAUCAGAAUUGGUGAUUUAUAUCUAGCUAGGGUAAUGUCCCUGUUAUUGCAGUAGAGCCUAUUGUGACCCUACUUCACACUUCUUGGCUUUGAAUCAAACAUAUGAGAUAAUGACAAUAUAUAUUUGGAUAAAA